AUGGCGGUAAGACGGCUUGAGACGGAUAAAACCUGUCUUCCAAGAAUGGUUCUUGUUUAUGUAGAACAACCUGUAGCUUACUGCAAUUUUUUUCUUGUCAUUGUUUUACCUUUCGAUGAACAAAUGGUACCUAUUCCUCAGAUUAAUCUUUCUUUGAUAUUCCACGGCUUUGGUCGGUUUAUGGACAUUCCGCCGGGUUACGGCCGUGAAUGUAGAUUAUUUGAAGUGAUACAGACACCGGAGAAAUUACAGGUCACUGGGAAAGCUAUUGAAGUGACGCAAACUUGA